UUUCUGAUUUGUAGCUCUGGCAACUCGGUUUCUUUUAUUGUUUUUUUAACGUUUGCAAAAAUGGAACGGAUUUUUGUUUUUUUGUUUCUAUGUGUAGCGUUUGCUUCUGGACAGACUUUGUCGCAAAGAGCACAUGUCGUCAACCAUGACAAGUUUUUCACCGAAGUAAUGCAAGAAACUAUAUACGAAAUAGAACGAAGAGGAUUUAGCACACUAAAAUUGACGAAUAUCACCCAAAAUAUCAACACAACGAUGUACAGAUUUCAAGUGCUAGGGACAGCCGAUUAUUACAACGGCUUUUUGGUCACAAUUCAGCAUAUCAGCGUCACUAACAUGAGGCAAACAGUAGGAACAAACACCGUUAAUGGGGUCCCUACACCAACGGCGACAGUCCACGGGAAUUUGAACCUUAUAGAUGCAAAACUUGGAUAUGAUGUGCUUUACACGCCUACUGAAGGGGAACCGCAUCAUUUUACUGGCGACUUUAACCAUGGUCAAAUCAGAUGGCUUAUCUCC